AUGGUAAGAAGAAGGAAAAGGCUGCAAAAAUGGUGCAUAAUGGCCGAGAAAAUGGCGCAAAAAAAGGCAGCAUUAUAUUUUUUUCAAUAUCAAAAUGAUGAUAAAACAAUUCAAAGGAGCAUUUCUAUGGACCCUUUUUUUCAACCUUGUUCGACUUUGCCUACGUUUUUUUGAAAUUUCAAGAUUUCAAACCUAUUUUUUUGUUGUAUUGCCAACGUCGGACUGAUUAAAAACUGUCUUAAAAAUUAUCAAUUAAUGACUUUUUUGAAACGUAUAGUGAACUUGACUUUGAAUUCGAGCCAACUAGGGGGCUUUUUUCGCCUUUAAAAAUUUUUUGGCUUGUAUUUCAGGGGCUUCUAAUUUUUAAACAAGAAAAAAUGCUGAUAAUGUGUUUUUGGCAAAGCUGAAAAACCUUCCCUUCAAGGAAAAACAAAAUUCAUCAAAAAAAUCGUUCAUUUUUUUCAGGUAAUGGACCAACUAAUCUCCAUUUUUUUCUCGUUUUUCCUUCUCGUUUCCGUCAAUUCAGAAUCGAGUUCCCAAAGAAAGUUCUGAAGAAAAAGACGACGCCUGCCGAUUUUUUUGUGGGUUUCCUUGAACUUUUAAUAUCUCGUUUUUUUAAAAGAAUGAAAUUUUUUUACAAAAAUAUUGAUUAAAAGCUUUUCAAACUGUGCGAGAAGCAUUGAAUUCUCCUCUCGGCUUAAUAAAAAUGAGUUCUGAAACAGGAAAGUUAUCUGGUUCCAUUGGCGGAAAAACUAGAACCCAGAAACUUUUUUUAGUUUUUUUAGUUUUUUUAGCACCUUUUAUGUUCUAAAUUUAUAUUGGAACAAAUAGAGAUUUUUAAAAAAAUGAACUGUUAUAGUUUCCCAGUGUUGCUAGUCAUUCCCUAUAACUCUCUCAAAAUUUCGCAGUUUAUUUUCUUGUGGUUUGAUUGGUUCAAAGGACUACAUAAUUGUUCUGUUCACGAAAGUCGAAAUUUUUAACUCAGGUUUGGGUGGUAUGAAAAAAACACCAGCAAAAAUUCAAACGGCGACUUUUCCGAUUUUUUCGUAUCGCUAGGGAACUUUCCGACGGCCACCUUUUCGACGAAACUUUUUCCGACUUUUUUCCCUUAUAGUUUUCAGUUUUUAAAACAUCUAUAAACAUUUUUUUCCCCAUUUUUUUGUGUUUUAAUCAUGAACCAACCACCUACUUUAUAUAGGGAAAUUUAAAACGAAGAUUUUAUCGAGAAAAAAAGUCGGAAAAAAAGAUUCGUCGGGAAGUUCCCUAGCGAUAUGAAAAAAAUCGGAAAAAGUCGCCGUUUGAAUUUUCGCUGGUCUUUUUUUCAUACCACCAUUUAUUCACGAUCAAAAUUUCCCAGUUAUUUCGAAAUUCAAAAAGCCUUGUCUGAAACAGUAAACACGUGAUCAUUGAUGUUUCAAAAAAAUUCAAAUUCAAGAUAUUUUUAUUGAAAAAUAUUUCUACAGGACUACUCAAAAAAAAAUAUUUCGUAUGAAAUCUUUGAUUUUUUUGAACUUUUUAAAAGGAGCAUAGACAAAAAUCUGGUAUAGUUUUUCAAGACGAAGAACCGAUUUACAGUGAUUUUUUUAAAAGUCGUGCAACUUGAUUUUUUGUUCAAUCUCUCAUUCGUUGGAGAUGAAAAAUAGUCAUCUUUUAAAAAAAUACUUUUUCAAUUGACUGACUUUUUCUACAAAAUAAAACACUGUCAGCAAAAAAAUUGUAACAUAAAAAAACCUUGUUUGAAAAGAAAAAAACCGUAAAAAAAUUUGAAAAAAACUUCAAAAAUCCGGCUUUUUUUCGACAGUUUCAAGCUGUUUUCUUUAUAUUUAAAUUGUAAGGAUCUGAGAUUUCGAAAAAAAAAAACGAACUUUUGUAAUAUUCCUACAGUUUCUAGCAACAAGUAGUGAACAACAAUUUGUGGAAAUUUCGAAAUAUAAAAUUUUCCUUUGAAACAGUGAACUCGGUUAAAAAAAUACAACUAUUUUACAAGUGGUCACUUAACAAAAAUUUAUAGAAAAGUAAAAGAUAAAAAAAAGCCGAAGUCUUUUUGAAUGAACGAGAAACUGCAAAGCUCAAUGAGAAAAAUAAUCAUUCGAAAGGUAUAUAUACCGUUCAUGAAACAGUAAGUUCAUCUAAAAAGUGAAAUUCCAGAGACAACGACUACUGUCACUUUUUCGGUGACUCCAGCUGCUACAUUCGCCUUUGUCAUUGCGAAAAGUGUCACGAAAAUGAGAAUCUAACAUUUUCCGGGGAAAUCUCAGCAAAUUCGACGCAAAACUGUCCGGCCUGGUGUGGAAAUAGCACGGCCGAGGGCAUUUUCAACAUUCAAAAUGAGGGAAAGGUUGGGUUUUUUCGGGAUUUUUCUAAUUUCCGGGUUCUUUCUUUUAAAAUACAAGCUUUUUUUAUAGUUUUUCAAUAUUUCUUAAUAGAAACAUUUAGGUAGGUGGUAACGAUAUUAAGGUUCUCAGACAUUUUUAAAAUCGUUAAAAAGUCGGAAAACUACUAAAAAUUCGAGCUAAAAUCAAUUUUUCAACCUUUUUCUUUGAAUCUUGAAGGUUUUUUCUAUUAAAAUUUGAAAAAUCCAAGGGAGAAUUUUAAAUUUUCCUAUCCAAUUCAAAAAUAUCUUUCAAAAAGCUCGAAAAAUCCUUUUCUCAAAUUUUUCUGUGAGUUCUUAGGAACGGCAGAGUGGUCCCUAGAGGGGCAACUUCAUAGGUCUUUGAAGGUUCCCCUCUAGGGACCACUUUAGCUCCCCUAUAGGGGUUACUAAAGAUUGCAAAAGUGGCCUCCUUUCCGUGGGAAAAAUUCGAUAAAUUGACAUUUUUGAGGUAAAAUUAUCACCAAAAAAUGACCUCUAAAGGGGCCACUUAAGCACUAUCCGCUUAUGGGUCAGCCAUAGGGUCCACAAAAAUGUAACCCCUAUAGUGGGCCCUUUUUCGUCCCCUAUAUGGGGCCCCUAAGCCCUCCAGGGACCACUCUAGCGUUCCAAAAGUCUUCUUAUACUACUUCCAGAAGAGCCAGGAACACUUUUUCAUAUCCAAAAAAUGGGAAAAAUUCAGAAAAGCCGUCCGCUGAAGAUAAUCUCGAUGGAGUGCAACAGUUUGAAGAAAAACUGCCGUCGCCACAAGGGACUCAAUGGAUACUGCCAUUUUUGGCGUAAAAACUGUGCCGACGACGAUUCUCAGGACGAAGUCGUGAGGAUUUUGAACGCCAAACGGGGAAAGGUGACCUUUUUUUUGGGUUCUAGGCAAGAAAAGGUGGGGGAUUUGAGCUUGAAGAAAAUUUUUUUUAGACUUGAAAACUUUCUAAUCGAUAUAAUAUCACCAUUCUGAAAAAAACUACUAAAGUGAACACUAUAGAGGUUCCUUUUUAAGUGGUCACUUCAGUAGUUUUUCAUCCAGUUUUCCUUCCAGUAACUCUGAUAAAUUCAAAGCAAACAGAUUGGACCAGUUAUGUUGAUCCAUUGAUCCCUAAAGUGGCCACUAAAAUUUUUUAGCGGUCUAGUAGUAGCACUUAGACCUUUAUAAAGGCCACUAAUUUUUAACCCCUUAAGUGGGCACUAAUUGGACUACUAUAGUGGCCACUGAAACGUCAAAAACCCUAUAGGGGCCACUAAAAACUUUUCCCAAUUACUUUUUUUAAAAAAACUGAGAAAUUUAGUACUGCGGAAAAAGUUUGUUUUUGAGAAAUAGGAUACCCGUCAAAAAAAGUCGGGUGCAAAGUCCAAAAUGCACUUUUUCGAACAGCUUGUAGAAAAAAACACUGCAUCUAUUGACAAAAAAAAUUAAAAUUUUCGUUUUUAAAAAAUUGGGACAGCAUAAGAUAAAAUAAGAAGCUUCCAAAGAGAAAGUGACCGCAUUUGGAAUGGCUUUCCGCUUAAAGGCCUGCAACCGACAUGGAACGACUUAUCGAAAAUAAUCAGCUAAGAAAAACCGCAUCGCGACCGCGACGCUUUGAGCCAUUCCUAAUGCGUUCCAUUUGGAGGAUUUCACAAUGAAUCUGAACAGAGAACCUCCUCAAAAAUUCCCAUAAAUUCUCUAUUCGAAAUAGUAAAGUCAUCUUGUUUCCAGAAACACUUCCGGAAAGUCAAAAAGUGCAAGAAGAUGCAGUCCAAAUGCGCAGAGAAGUGGCCCAAGCACUACGCGUGCCGAUUUUUCAAGAAAAACUGCAAGAGCUUGGGACUCGAAGGUCCGAGCAACUCGACCGACGUCUUCACCGGCAAUUUCACUCUUUUCUAG